AUGAAGUUCACUGGACUCGCCAUUUCUCUUGCAUUUGCUGGCCUGUCCUACGGCGGCACCAUCCCUAUCGCGGGGGGCGCUCUCCGUGAUGUAGAGGGCACUAUUGGUAAUGCUCAGGCUGCCACGUCCAACCUCGUUGCUCCUGUCGUGACUACUGCUGGUGGAUUGGCCAGCGGUCUGAAGCGUGAUCUUGGUGAUGCCGCUGGUGAGACUGUGGAGGCUGUUCCUAGUGUUCUCAACGAGGCUACUGGCAUUGCUGGCGGUGCCGCUGGAACCGUUGAGAGCACCAGCUCGGGCCUUGUUCUCACUGCGGAGCACGGCAUUGAGCAUGCCAUUCCUCAAAAGCGCGAAUUCACUGAUUCUAUUGGACAAACCGUCGAGGCCGUUCCUAGUGUCGUCAAUGGCGCUACCGAUAUUGCCGGCAGCGCUGUCGGAACCGUUGAAAGCACUGUCUCCAAUGGCGCUAACACUGCGGAAAAGGUCGUUUCUGGUGUCAGUUCCGGCAAGCGUGAUGUUGACGGCAUUGUUGGCACCCUCGCUGGUACCAUUGGUAGCACUGCUGGUAGCACCGUUGGUAGCACCGUUGGCAGUACUGUCGGAAGCACUGUCCCUGCCACCGUUGGUGAAGUAACUUCUGGUAUCGAUGGUCUGGGUAAGCGACAGGAUCGUCCCGCUCACGGCAUUGACUCAGCGGCUCUGAACACUGUCGGCCAGGUCACUUCCCACCCCACCGGUCUUAUCCGUUCCCUCGUUGGCCUCAAGCGCGCUGUCGACAUUGGUGAGAUUACCAAGGGUCAGCUUGCUGAGUUCCCUGCUCUUCAAUCGCUGGUUGCUUUCCUCUAA